AUGUGCCACCGAGUUGUCUGUCACGACUGUGGAAAGUUCACCUGGGAAGGAUGUGGUCUUCAUAUUGCCCAGGCACUAGCAGGUCUCUCACUUGAACAAAUCUGUUCAUGCGACGAUGAUCGCGACAGUGAACACUCCUGGGCCACCAUUACCAACCCAGCUACAUCCACAUCCACUACAGGACCACCGCCACGAGGAGGAGCAACGCGAUACCCUCUCCCCUACCCCGCCGCCAGCGCAGCAGCUGCCUCUGUAGCCUCCUUGUCAUCACUACGAAGCACCAGCGCCGUUGUAGAGACAUGUCACGAUGAUGACAAUACCACCAGCAUUGACUCUGGCACGACGACGCAAUAUUCAAACACUCCGGACGCGGUCGAAUACAAACUGUCCAAGAUCUCGGCCACAUCCGCCACUGAGGCGGCCAUCCGAAUGGCGAAACAGGCCGCGGCCCUUGAGGAGCUCAAGCGUCGGAAAGAGGAGAAGGAUCGAGAGUUGAAGGAGCAUAACCAAGGGGCACUCGACAAGUUGUUGCAGGGGCUUGGGGAAGCUGUCGAUGAUAACGGCGUCAAGAAGGACGGAGCCACUUGA